GACAUGAAAGAAGCCCUGCGGCCCCUCGUCGAGGCCAGCGCCUCGGGGAUCCGCGAGAUUGCCCGCGCGGGCUUCCACGCUGGCGCGUCCUGGGCGCUGCUGCCCAGCUGCCCCGCGGCGCCUCCUUGCCCGCCGUACCCGCCUUGCCCCGCGUGCUUCUGCACGUGCGGGGAGGGAGGCGGAGGCGGCGGCGCUCCUGCUGCCGGCGGCGGCGGGGGCGGCAGCCCGCCCUGGCUGACGGCCGCAGGCGGGCCGGUGUGCGACGCGCUCGCCGACGCGCUCGUCGGGGCGCUGCGCGAGGCGGUGGAGGGCUGCGUUGGCUGGGGGGCCGCGAUAGCGCUGGUGCUGCUCGCGCUGCUCGCGGGGUUCGGCCUCGGACGCCUCAGCCUCGCCGCGUCAGCUCGCCUCGAGGCUCGCGAUGGCGCUGGUGCCCAGGGGAUCCUCGUGGCGGCUUCUCCCGGGGUGCAGAGCAGUGGUGCGCUACGCAGGGGCGACCUCUGGCACGAGCGGAUCCUGCUGUACCCAGCAGCCAGUGAGGCUUCGGGCGCUGGGCUCCCAGGAGCCUGCUGGGUGGUGUACACUCCGGACCACGACAUGUACAUCGAGGAGCUCGAGGGAGGCUCGCCCGACGACAGUCCCGUCGAGUGGCUGGAGAUGCCGCGCGACCUGCGGCUGCCCAGUGGGCUCGGGCGGGCGUAUCGCUUUGAUGAGUCUCCGACGGAGGAGGUGAUGAAGGGCCUCUACCGUCGGGCCUUCUCGGCUGCCCAAGCCGAUGCGGAGGCGCGCGGAGUGCUUCUGGAGGCGCCGACGGCUGUGCGGACGGCCGCAGGUCGAGACGUGGCGGUGCACGAGGUGCUCGGGGCCAACUUCUUUGGCGGCCGACGGAUGACGGGCAAGAGACCUCCUUUGGGACUGGACCUCGGAGGAGACCGCGGAGGCCACGCUGGACCCGCAGCUGCGGCAGCGGAGGCCCUCGGCGACAGCGGCCCCCCGGGGCCUGCGGUUGAGGGCACCAGCACGCCGCGCUCGAGCGGCCGCGUCUGGCGAGCAGCCGAGGCCGACGAGCGCUGCCGCAUCGCGCUCGGGGACGAACUGGGGCCUCCUGCUCAUUCGCUCUGUGGCAAGGGGCUGUGCUUGGCGGCGCCCGGGCGAGCCGUGGUGGUGCAUCUGACGGGGCUCGACCAGGACUCCUUUGUGAUGAGCCUGCGCGGAGGCGAGGGCCAUCCCUUCAGUGCUGGCGCUGAGAACGGAGGCGGAGGAGAUGCUCGAACCUUGACGGUGAAGAGUGGGCCGCGGGGCCGGGGCCGUGAGUGGCGCGAGGUCGUGGAUGCCUGCGAGGAGGAGCCCUUCAGUGACUUCCCAGUGGAGCACGAGCAGCUCAUUAAGUACAUCGGGCUGGCCGGCACGCAUGACCAGCUGGACCUCAGCAACUGUGCCUUCGCCGAGGCGAUCUUUCGGCGGGCGCAGACUAUCGAGUGGAGCUACCACGAUCGGUUGCGGGGGGCCGACUCGGCCAGCUCCAAGGACAAGAUGAGUCCGGGGGAGUUCUCGGCCUUCAGCGGCUUCAGCAAGGCGGGGGACUUGCUGAUGGUGGCCCCCGCGCUCCUCGAGUUCGUGAAAGGUCAGGUCGAGAAGGACGCCGCCAUCAUGAAGAACAUCAGGAAGGCUCGAGAAGAACGAGAGCUCCGCCGCAAGGGAGCCCUUCGUGAGCUCCGCGGUGCUGGCGUGUGCGAGGACAUCGACUCGCCAGUCGUCAGCUUCGACGACUCCCUCGUCUCGCUGCCCGAGGCCGGCAACGUUCCUGUGCCGCUUGGGGAGCUGGUUGCAGGCGUGGGCGAUCUCGAUGUCGAGGCAGCAAUGCACGAGCAGCUCCUUCCACGCAAGGAUGCGGAGUCCAACCUCUCCGAGGCUCCGCGACAGCCGUACAUGGAUGCUAUCCUACGAGCUCAGCCACGCGCCUAUGCUGGGCUGGUGCGGCGCUUGCAUACGGCAGGGAUGGUGGCCUUCUCAGCCGCCCCGCGUGAGAGGUGCGGCCUCUUCUUCGUGCGUAAGAAGUCUGGCAAGCAGCGCAUGGUGAUAGACUGCCGACGGGCCAACUGCUGGUUCAAGAGGCCUUCGACAGUUGCGCUGGCGACAGGCUCUGCACUGGGAGAGCUGGCCGUGCCAGAGGGUGAGCAGCUCUACGUCGGCCACGUGGAUAUCUGCGACGCCUUCUACCACUUCGGCUUGCCUGAGGCUUUCCGUGAUUACUUCGCGCUGCCGGCGGUGAAGGCAGGUGAUGUGGGGCUGACUGUCCUGGGUGGAAGGUCCCUCGCGCCUGGCAGCCGUGUGUGGCCAGUCCUGGCGGUGUUGCCCAUGGGCUGGAAGCUGCAGGUGUCAUGGAGUUCUAAGGUGAUGUGCACGGACGCGUCCUUUUGGGGCUUCGGACUGGUCUGCAAGGACCUCGACAAGGACCUCGUGGGCUCGAUGGGCUGUUUCUCAGAACGGUGGCGUUUCUUGGGCGACAGCAAGGUGCUCUCCAGGGCUUGGGCUGCAGGCUCCAGUGAGGACGAGAUCAUGACGAAGCCCCUAGAGAGCUCCAAGGACUUCAGCAUGCCCGCUGGCUGCCUAGCGAGUGGAACUUCGCCGACGGUCCUUCGCGAGGGCUGCGGCACGCUGGAUACGCUCGUGCUGGAGUCGGCCAGGCUGGAGCGCCGCCAGGCGGCUGCCCCGGCGGGAGAGGCCCGCUCGGUCCCGAGGACCCGCCCGGUGUUGCCGAGCCAGGCGACGUCAGCGCCGUCGCUUCGGAGGCUUCUCUGCGACGACCUGGCUGGCUCGCCACCGCUCUCCGAGGCGCGGGCACCGCCUGCGGCCGACAAGGUGAAGCGGGGGGAGCUGGCCCGGCGUGGAGCCAAGCUGGCCGAGGCGGGGACGCUGGACGUGCUUCGGCUGAGCACGGUGCGGACGCAGACAGUGAGGUCGAGGUUCCAGCAGCUGGCCGCCGAGUUCGACGAGUGGCUGGCGGAGCAAGGGUUACCUGCGCGGCCGACGUUCUCCCUCGACGAGCGGAGGAUGAUCCCGCUGGCGCCCCAGGCUGCCGCCGAGCUGGACUGCAGCCUUGCGGAGUGGAUGUUGGGGCAGUACCUGGAGGGCGUCGAUCACUGGCGCGGAGUGCAGAUGCUGGCAGCCCUGCAGUGGAGCCACCCGCGGCUCGGCCGCGACGGCGGGGCUCGUCUGCCCGGGGCCAGGCAGUCGCUCCGGGGCUGGAAGGUACUGACGCCGCCGUUGACGAGGCUGCCGCUCCCCGAGGAGGUCGUUGCAGCCCUGGCUUGCGAGCUGGUGAGCAUGGGCCUGUGGGAGGCGGCGGCAUGCGUAGUCCUGUCGAUGGUGUUCUACAUGCGACCAGGCGAGUGGGGCCGCGUGCGAGUCAAGCACGCGAUCGCGCCUCGCGCCUCGGGAAGCCAGGCCCUGCGACAGUGGGCCCUGGUGCUGCACCCACACGACGGCGAGGAGGCGCGGCCCAGCAAGACGGCCGAGUUCGACGAGAGUCUCGUGCAGGACCUCACCUGCGACCUGUGGCUGGGCGGCGUGCUGCGGAGACUGACCGCUGCGAAGCCGCCAGACGCCGCGCUGUUCAGCUUCUCGGUAGAGGGAUUCGCCGAGAUCUUCAGACGCGCGGCCCGCCGCCUCGGCCUAGAGCCCGCGCUGAUGCCCUACCUUCUCAGGCACUCCGGCGCCAGCCGAGACUUCGUCAACGGGCUCAGGCCGUUGAGCGAGGUGAAACGGCGGGGUCGUUGGAAGACGGACGCCUCCGUGCGUAGGUACGAGAAAGGUGCCGUGUUCGACGGAGAACCCUUCAACCUCUCGACUGUGGCUCGCGCCGCCAGUCGCCUCGCUUGUCAGAUCCACGCGUUG